AUGGGGGACGGGUCAUGGGGGACGGGUCAUGGUGAACGGGCCAUGGUGAACGGGCCAUGGGGGACGGGUCAUGGUGGACGGGCCAUGGGGGACGGGUCAUGGUGGACGGGUCAUGGGGGACGGGUCAUGGUGGACGGGUCAUGUGGACUGGCCAUGGGGGACGGGUCAUGGGGGACGGGUCAUGGGGGACGGGUCAUGGUGGACGGGUCAUUUGUGGACGGGCUAUGGUGGACGGGCCAUGGGGGACGGGCCAUGGUGGACGGGCCAUGGUGGACGGAUCAUGGGGGACGGGUCAUGGUGGACGGGCCAUGGGGGACGGGUCAUUUGUGGACGGGCUAUGGUGGACGGGUCAUGGUGGACGGGCCAUGGGGGACGGGUCAUGGUGGACGGGCCAUGGGGGACGGGUCAUUUGUGGACGGGCCAUGGGGCACGGGUCAUUUGUGGACAGGCUAUGGUGGACGGGUCAUGGUGGACGGGCCAUGGGGGACGGGUCAUGGGGGACGGGUCAUGGUGGACGGGCCAUGGGGGACGGGUCAUGGUGGACGGGUCAUGGGGGACGGGUCAUUUGUGGACGGGCUAUGGUGGACGGGCCAUGGGGGACGGGCCAUGGUGGACGGGCCAUGGUGGACGGAUCAUGGGGGACGGGUCAUGGUGGACGGGCCACCAUGGGGGACGGGUCAUUUGUGGACGGGCUAUGGUGGACGGGUCAUGGUGGACGGGCCAUGGGGGACGGGCCAUGGUGGACGGGCCAUGGGGGACGGGUCAUUUGUGGACGGGUCAUGGGGGAUGGGUCAUGGUGGACGGGCCAUGGGGGACGGGUCAUUUGUGGAUGGGCUAUGGUGGACGGGUCAUGGUGGACGGGUCAUGGUGGACGGGCCAUGGUGGACGGGUCAUGGAGAACGGGUCAUGGGGGGCGGUUCAUGGUGGACGGGUCAUGGGGGGCGGUUCAUGGGGGACGGGCCAUAA